CUUUCACUCCCAUCUUUGCAGGUACAGCUGAUUUUCAAUUACAAAAUCAACUAUGGCGACUGACGUGGCUUUUGAUACGAGCAUGGGCUCGUUCACGGUAGAGCUUUAUAAUUCGCAUGCACCAAAGACUUGUAAGAACUUUGCGACACUCGCACAAAGGGGAUACUACAACAAUGUCAUCUUCCACCGCAUCAUUCCCAACUUCAUGGUCCAGACAGGUGAUCCCACCGGCACUGGCAGGGGAGGAAGCUCUAUCUACGGCGAGAAGUUCGAGGACGAGAUUCGUGCAGACCUUAAACACACCGGUGCUGGCAUCUUGAGCAUGGCAAACAGUGGACCAAAUACAAACGGCAGCCAAUUCUUCAUAACCCUUGCCCCCACGCCGUGGCUAGAUGGAAAGCACACAAUCUUUGGCAGGGUCAAGAGCGGGAUGAGAGUGAUUCAGCGCAUGGGACUUGUUAAGACAAAUGGAGAAGAUAGACCGAUGGACGAGGUCAAGAUCCUUCGUGCUAGGGUCGUUGAGGAAGGCGAAGAGUGAGAUGGAGAUUGGACUAAGAUAUCGUUGGCAUCUCGAACAACCGGGAGGUUGAGGUCCAAAACGAUAUCAUCCCAGUCAUCCAUCCCUAGCCGAAGGGCCCUUG